AUGAUGAAGAGUAAAAGUAAGAAAGUCCAGGAGGAGGGCUCUGCUCACAGCAAUGCGUCAAGCAACUCUGCUUCAGAAGAUUCAAACCACUCUGCAUCUGACUCGGGCAGUCAGUCUGAGAGCGAGCACGGCAGUGACCAUGGCAGCGGCCGAGGCAGCGGACCGGUGGAGCGCAGCAGUGACCACGGCAGCGGACAUGGCAGUGACCACGGCAGCGAACAUGGCAGUGACCACGGCAGCGAACACGGCAGCGAGCACGCUAGUGAGCAUGGCAGCGAGCGCAAGAGGUCCCAUCACUCAGAGUCCAACAGCUCCUCAGAAUCAGACAGCCAGGCGGAAUCAGACGAGUCCAAGUCUCAUCACAACAGCGAGGCCAAAGACAAGCCUGUGGGACGCAAGGAGAGGCUGGCUGACGUCAAGAAGAUGUGGGAGGAGCAUCCGGAUGUGUACGGGGUCAGGAGGUCCAAUCGAAGCCGCCAGGAGCCAGAGCGUCUGAACGUAGGAGCAGGGGGCAGCAGUGGCUCUGAGAGUGAGAGCCCAAAGCGCAAAAGCUCACGAACUAAGAAAAAGGAACAAAUGUGGAAAGAUGGAGACUCCGAUGAUGAAGAGGAGUCUGAAAAUUCCGACAGUGAACAGGAAGAGAAAAAAGUUAGAUCCAGACGACUUCCUGCGCGAAGGCCUCAGAGUCGAUCGUCCAAAAAGCAGCAGUCUCAGAAGUCCAGGAAGUCCAAGAGGCCGGACUCCUCUGCGGACGAGGACGAUGAAGACGAUGAUGACGACGAUGACGACGACGACGAUGACGACUCUCCAAAAAGACAACAGCGCAAAAGAGGGGCCACCACAGUCAAGAGCUAUAAAGAGGACCAGCACGACUUCGAAACCGACUCGGACGACCUGAUCGAGAUGACGGGGGACGUGGCGGAGGAGCAGCAGGACGAUGACAGCGAGACCAUCGAGAAAAUCAUGGACACCAGGACGGCCAAGAAAGGAGCCACGGGAGAGCGCACGGCAAUGUACGCGGUGGAGGAGCACGGAGACCCGAACGCAGGCUUUGACCCCGACACGGAUGAGGCCGAGGUCCAGUAUCUGAUCAAGUGGAAAGGCUGGUCCUACAUCCACAACACCUGGGAGAGUCUGGACUCACUCACAGAGAACAAGGUCAAAGGCCUCAAGAAGCUCGACAACUUCAAGAAGAAGAACGACGAGCUCAACGCAUGGCUGAACAAGGCGUCUCCUGAAGACAUCGAGUUCCACAACUGUCAGCAGGAGCUCAACUCGGACCUCAACAAACAGUUUCAGUUCGUGGAGCGCAUCAUCGCCACAAAGACCGGGAAGUCCCAAGUGCCCUCGGACUUUCCCUCUCACAGUCACAAGAGCGGGCCGUCUGACGAGCCGGAGUACCUGUGUAAGUGGAUGGGCCUGCCCUACUUGGACUGCAGCUGGGAGGAUGGGGCUUUGCUCAAGAAGAAGUUCCAAUCCUGUAUCGACAGCUUCAACAGCCGCAACUCCAGCAAGACCCUGCCCUCCAAAGACUGCAAGGUCCUGAAGCAAAGGCCCAGGUUUGUGGCUCUGAAGAAGCAGCCUUCAUACAUCGGUGACGAGAACCUGGAGCUCAGAGACUACCAGCUGGCUGGGGUCAACUGGCUGGCCCACUCAUGGUGCAGGUGUAACAGCGUGAUCCUGGCCGACGAGAUGGGCCUGGGGAAGACCAUCCAGACCAUCUCUUUCCUCUCCUACCUGUUCCACCAGCACCAGCUGUACGGGCCCUUCCUGGUGGUGGUGCCCCUGUCCACUCUCACGUCCUGGCAGAGGGAGUUCCAGACCUGGGCCCCCGGCAUGAACGUGGUGGUCUACCUGGGCGAUGUCAUGAGCCGGAAGACGAUCCGAGACUACGAGUGGGUGAACCACCAAACAAAGAGGAUUCGCUUCAAUGCACUGCUGACGACUUAUGAAAUUCUACUGAAAGACAAGGGCGUGCUGGGGAACAUCAACUGGGCGUUCCUGGGCGUGGACGAGGCUCACCGGCUGAAGAACGACGACUCCCUGCUGUACAAGAGCCUGAUGGAGUUCCGCUCCAACCACCGGCUGCUGAUCACGGGAACGCCGCUGCAAAACUCCCUCAAAGAGCUGUGGUCGCUGCUGCACUUCCUGAUGCCGCACAAAUUCGACUCGUGGGAGGACUUUGAGGAGGAGCACGGACUGGGACGGGACAAUGGCUACCAGAGCCUCCACAAAGUCCUGGAGCCCUUCCUCCUGCGGCGCGUCAAGAAAGACGUGGAGAAGUCUCUUCCCGCCAAAGUGGAGCAGAUCCUCCGCGUGGACAUGAGCGCGCAGCAGAAGCAGUUCUACAAGUGGAUCCUGACGCGGAACUACAAGGCUCUGUCCAAAGGCACCAGAGCCAGCUCGUCCGGGUUCCUCAACAUCGUCAUGGAGCUGAAGAAGUGCUGCAACCACAGUUACCUCAUCAAACUGCCCGAGGAAGACGAGGAGGGGGACAGCAGGCCCAUGCAACUGCAGGGGGUGGUGCGUGGCAGUGGGAAGCUGGUGCUCUUGGACAAACUGCUGAGCCGGCUCCGGCAGCGAGGGAACCGGGUCCUGAUCUUCUCCCAGAUGGUGCGCAUGCUGGACAUCCUGGCCGAGUACCUGACCAUGAAGCGCUACCCAUUCCAGCGACUGGACGGUUCCAUUAAAGGAGAGAUCCGGAAACAGGCCCUGGACCACUUCAACGCAGAGGGCUCCGAGGACUUCUGCUUCCUGCUCUCGACUCGUGCUGGAGGUCUGGGCAUCAACCUGGCCUCCGCUGACACUGUGGUCAUCUUCGACUCGGACUGGAACCCUCAGAAUGACCUGCAGGCCCAGGCUCGAGCCCACCGCAUCGGACAGAAGAAGCAGGUGAACAUCUAUCGACUGGUGACCAAAGGCACAGUGGAGGAGGACAUCAUCGAGCGAGCCAAGAAGAAGAUGGUUCUGGACCACCUGGUGAUCCAGAGGAUGGACACCACCGGCCGCACGGUUCUGGACAACAGCUCCAGGAGCACAAACGCCAAUCCCUUUAACAAAGAUGAGCUGACCGCCAUCCUCAAGUUCGGAGCCGAAGAGUUGUUCAAAGAGGCCGAGGGGGAGGAGUCCGAGCCACAGGAAAUGGACAUCGAGGAGAUCCUGAGACUGGCUGAGACCAGGGAGAGCGACCAGGGCUCCAGCGCCACGGACGAACUGCUCUCCCAGUUCAAGGUGGCUAACUUCUCCACUAUGGAGGAGAGCACUCAGGAGCUGGAGGAGAAGUCUGCACGGGACUGGGACGACAUCAUCCCAGAGGAGCAGCGCAAGAAGAUAGAGGAGGAGGAGAGGCAGAGGGAGAUGGAGGACAUCUUCAUGCUGCCCCGAAGCCGGAGCUCCAACAAGAAGGCCCAGGCCAACGACAGCGACAGUGACGUGGGCUCCAAACUCAAGAACCGCUCGUCCGGCUCCGACAGCGAGACCGACGAGAGCGGCGACGACAAGAGGCCGAAGAGGAGAGGCCGCCCCCGCGCUCGCAAGAACCUGGUGGAGGGCUUCACGGACCCAGAGAUCCGCAGGUUCAUCAAGGCCUACAAGAAGUUUGGAGCGCCUCUGGAAAGGCUGGAGGCCAUCGCGCGUGACUCGGAGCUGGUGGACAAGUCCAUCGCGGACCUGAAGAGACUGGGGGAGCUGGUGCACUCCAGCUGCAUGUCCGCCCUCCAGGAGCACGAGGAGCAGCUCCGGGACAACCCAGUGGAAGCCAAAGGCCCCGGAAAACGCAGAGGGAUCAACAUCAAGAUUUCUGGAGUCCAAGUCAACGCCAAGUCCAUCAUCCAGCACGAGGAGGAGUUUGAGCCACUGCACAAGGCUGUUCCCUCCAGCGUGGCAGAGAGAAACAAGUUUAUGCUGAGCCUGCGGGUGAAGCAGGCACACUUUGACGUGGAGUGGGACCUGCAGGACGACACGCAGCUGCUGCUGGGCAUCUACGAGCACGGCUUUGGCAACUGGGACCUCAUCAAGACCGACCCCGACAUGAGGCUGGUGGACAAGAUUCUGCCUGACGACCCUGGGAAGAAGCCCCAAGGCAAACAGCUGCAGGCCCGGGCCGAGUACCUGCUCAAGCUGCUGAGGAAGGAGCAGGACCAGGCCCAGGACUCUGUCGAGGUGAAGGUGAAGGUGAAGAAGAGGAAGCCCCGAGCCAAGAAGGACUCGGCUGCAGCCAAGGACGAGGCCGGCCAGGACAAGGGCUCGCCCCGGCUGUCCGACCUGCAGUCUGAGGAGGGCCAGGAGGACGGAGCAGAGAAAUCCCCCGUCAAGAAGAGGCAAAAGAAACGAGCCAACAAGGAAAACAAGGAGAAGCAGACUACUCCCAAGAAGGACAAGGACUCUGAGAAGGAGAAGAAGAGCCCGCGCGCCCGCAAGGACAAGCCCAAAGCCAAAGGGAAGAAGAACCAGGGCCCGGUGCACAUCACUGCAGGCUCCGAUCCCGUCCCCAUCCAGGGCAAAGAGGAGGACGAGCUCGACCAGGAGACCUUCAGCAUAUGUAAGGAGCGCAUGCGUCCGGUGAAGAAGGCGCUGAAGCAGUUGGACAAACCCGACGAGGGUCUGUCUGACCAGGACCAGCUGCAGCACACUCGCACCUGUCUGCUCAAGAUAGGAGACCGCAUCAGCGAGUGUCUGAAGGCCUACAGCGACCCGGACCACGUGAAGCAGUGGAGGAGAAAUCUCUGGAUAUUUGUGUCCAAGUUUACAGAGUUUGGUGCCAGGAAACUCCACAAACUGUACAAGAUGGCCCAGAAGAAGCGCUCGCAUGAAGAAGAGAAGGAGCAUAAGAAGAAGGAGGACGGCGGGAGUAAAUCCAAGUCUUUCAAACCGGAGCCUUCGGGGUCCAACCGUGACCCCAGCGGAGCCUCCAAACCCCUGGGGCACCAGCGGGAGUCGUAUCCCCCAGGGGGCAAGAGGAACUUCAACGACGAGCGCGGCGAGUGGCAGCGGGACAGGAAGUACCCGUAUCCUGGCAACAGUGGGCCGCCGUGGGGAGAGCGGCCGCAUCAGUACGAUCGCUACAAAGAGCACUACGGGGAGCGGCGGCACGGAGGGGACUACCGCAGCUCCGGAGGCUACCGCAACAACACGUCGCCGCGGAAACGACCCUACGACUACGGCAACGAGCGAGACCACCGAGCGCACCGGCCCUACUAUGACAGACACUCGGACCAGAAGAGGAGGCGUCCGGACGACUACCGCGGCCCCGGGUACCACUCAGGACGGGACGGCCCCACGCAGGACUUCAGGAGGCCCCCAGAGCACAGGCAGAGCGGGCCCCCAGGAGCCGACCACUACAGGCCCUACCCCCCCGACAAACCGCCCUCCCUGGAGACACGCUCCCCCCAGGGCCACAAGAGCCCCCCCACGGAGCCCAGCGGAGGGGAGGCCGUGUGGAGCCGCAAGGCCACCUAG